AUGUUUACGACUGUUGGAAUCGCUGCUGUAUUGGCUGUUCUUACGUUCGCCCGUUUUGGCAGAGCCGAAGCUCUCCGCACCAGUCUUUAUAACGCUGCCACGAUCGGCAGAUGGGGGUAUAUCAACUUUCCAGACUUCGACUUCGAGCAGUUUUAUACGGUUGACCGCUUGACGGCGGCUUUUGGUAUUCUUCUCUGGGUGACUUCCGUCGCUGUUCUGGCAUUUUCUAUCUUUGUGAUGGUUAAGUGCAGUGCGAAUAUCAUCCUGCGCAAUUCCGCCGUUCUCUUCCUGGUCACUGGUAUUCUCUUCCUCCUCCGCAACACCUGGGACCUCGCGUAUGAUGCUACAUGGCUCCUUCCCAAACGGAUCACCCCUGAGUACACCAUUGUUGUCGACGGCGUCUUGGAUGCUUGGGUCACGUUUGUCCUUCUUGUCCUCGUCUUCGUUAUUGGUUGCAGGAAGCAGAGAGGACUGUGGUCAACCCAGCAGCCAUGGAUGACCUACGAUGUCAAUGCACCCGUCGUUCGGCAGCAGACGGCACAGACGUACAUGCCACCACCACCGGUUCAGCAAGGAUACGGCCCGGGGUAUCAGUAA